CUCUGCAGGCACACAGCAGACAAAUUCGGGGAAAUGUGUCAUCAAGUUCAAGUUUUCAUCUAGUGUGGAAGGAGCUUCUUGCAGCACGGCAUUAAAAGUGAGCCACCGGGAAACGUCGCCACCUAAGAAGUUACUUUCAGCAUCCCAAGAUGAACACGUCUUGGAGCCGACAGGCUUCGACGCUGCAGUCUUCACGCGGCCCAGCGCUGUCUCUCUCUCAGCUGGUUGCGACUUCACGCUACCCGACCAUGAGCCACACGGUGGGGUCUCCAUGGCAACAACAGCUCCCCUCUCUGCUCUCUCCCUCCCCGAUGGCAUCGGCCCACCAGCUGUCACAUGUCGAGCGUCCAGUUGCCGGCAGCAUUGCUCACCUGGAGCUGAGUGUGCAGGAGAGAGAGGGAGACAGAAGUGAGGAAGAGGAUGAGAUGCAGGAGCUGACCUUCACCCCAGUGCACGCCCCUGUCAUCACCCUCGGAACACAUGCUGCUGGCUCCUCCAGAUCGACCUCCCGGAGAUCUUUGGCCCAGCUCUUCUCCUCUGGUUUUCCUCAGAUCCUGGACCAUCAGAACCAGGUGGCUGAGGUUUUGGAUCCUUCUGAGCCUGUCAACUUUGACCUCCAGAGAGAAGAAGCAGAUCAUCUGCUGGCCAACACUCUCAUUCUGCAGUUCCUGGCCUUUACCAGAGUCCCUCAAGCUGGUGUGAAUUCAGACUGGCCCAGCUCUGUCCAUUUCACCUUCCAGCUUUACCGCUUCCCCCCUGUCACCACAGAGCGUCUGAAGCUGCUUGACCCGGAGAGGAACAGCAAGCUCAAAUCCAAUCCUGAUUACCCAUGUGUCCUCUCCCUUAUCAACAAGGACGGCACACUUAGCGCUGGUUUUCCUGGUCUGCAACUGCAGUACCGAGUUGACCCGCAGUUCCUCAAGCCAGGUGAGCGGGGGUGGUUCCUGCGAUACCUGGCGCUCCACUCCCUGCAGAUUGAUGUCUGGGACAGUGAAUCCUUAAUGCUGAUUGGCUCAGCUGCGGUGGAGCUGAAGCAUAUGCUGCGUCAAGGCCGUGCGGCCGUCCAGGUGAGCCAUGAGCUGGAAGUGAUCACUACUGAGUACCUGCAGGAUGCCAACUUUGCCAGGAGGCAUGACAGCAAGCACAGCGCCACUCCAGCCAUCAGUGUCUACACUACUGUAAAAGGAAUUCUGCAUCUGCGACUUGGAAACGUUGGUGGCAGUGUGUCAAGUUCCCAGAGUUCUUUGGCUCUCACUCCAUCGCUCUCCCAUGUGGUCCAGCCUAGCGAUGCCUCUCAGGGUUUUGCGGGAGGAAGUGUCCCUGCUUUAACGGUUCUCCAGCUUAACGUGAGCAAUGCCAGACGAGCCCGCCGAUUGCCAGAAAUUGACAGCGAGCUGGCCAGACUGCUACAAAGCACCAUGAGGGAAGUGGGUGGAGCCACACUGCAUCAGCAGGCCGAAGCGAACGAAGUGCGCCAGAGGAAGAUUGACAGAAUGGCAGCUGUCCGUCAACAUGAGCAACAGAAGGCCACGCCCCCUUUUCAAGACAACGCAAACAUCACGAGGCACCGGACAGAACGCGUGCAGCAUUCCCGUGACCUGCGAGUAAUCGAGGCUUAUCGUGAACGCUGUAAAACACAGGAGAUCACCAACAUGCUCUCUCAGGCUAUCACUACCAAACAUACUCUGUAUGCCACACUCGGAACGGCUGAGUUCUUCGAAUUUGUGCUCAAGAAUCCAUUCAACGUUUCUCAGACAGUCACCAUUGAAUGUGACGACCCAGAGCUCAGUGUUAUCGUGAAGAGCGAGGAGUGGAGAUAUUUUAAGGAUUUGACAAAGACUCUGACUCCUCUAGAGGAGGAGAUGUUUCACCUAAAGGAGAGCACACUGACUCCACAGGUUUACCUCCGGCCUAAAGAAAGCGUCCACAUCCCCUUCAAGUACCAGACCUUCAUCUGUGGUCACAACUUCCCUCUUCAGGAUACAAAAAGCUUAAAGAUUUCAAGAAGUCCACAGAUGGCUCAGAAACAUCUGUCUAAUACAAUUCAAGCCAAAUCUAUCAAGGUGUUGUUCCGUGGGGAAGACAAAAAGCCUCUGGCAAUCUGCCAGGUGGAUGUUGAACCGACGCCACAUGUGGUGGACCAGACCUUCCGUUUCUACCAUCCUGAACUCACCUUCCUAAAGAAGGCCAUUCGCCUGCCUGCAGCCUGGGACGACACAGCAGAUGGUUCUGCCACCCUUCAUGUGCGCUGCAGCGACCCCAAUGUCAUCUGCCACACCACCAGCCUGACUCCAGGAGAACCACAGGAUGUUUACCUGAAAGUACCUGGUAGCCCAAGUCCACAGAUUAGGAAAUUCUUCAUCACCAUUUUCACUGACCCUUGGCUGGCCUCCCCUGCGCAGAUCUGGCAGGUAUACGUGCAUUACCUGCAAAGGAUGGACCUGAGCUGUGUGUGCGGCACUCUGAGCUGGCAUUCGCUGGUUCUGCACGGCACACAAGCUAUUCGCAGGGUCAAGUGCUACACGUCGCAUCCCCUCGAGCUUCAGGUGGAUCCAGAUGAGGUUUUUGCUCUUCCUGCUCAGGGAGUUCAAGAUAUCCGUGUAGGGCUGAGGGCUCUGCGCCCUGGAAGCCGUUUCUUUUACCUCAAUGUAGUCGAUGUGGACACAAGACAGCUAGUUGCCUCCUGGUUGCUGUGCAUCACAUGCCGACAGCCUGUAAUCUCCAAGGCAUUUGAAAUCAACGUUCCUGUAGACGGAGGGAAGGGCAGCAAUAAGAAAAUCAGUUUCACAAACCCCUACUCCUCCUCUAGGGUAUUCAAUCUCCGCACAGACCGCCCAGACCUACUUCAGUUUAAAGAGGAGCAAUUUCAGAUUGGAGGAGGGGAGCUCUACACCAUCGGCCUGCGCUUUGCUCCAAGUCAGAACCCCGGCAUGGAAGAGAUUCUCAUCUUCAUCAAUGACAAACAGGAUAAGAACGAGGACACUUACUGUGUUAGGGUUCAGUACAGAUAACACCAUCACACGGCAUUAUAGCUGCUUUUUUUGCCCACUAACAGACCUUGAUCCAGUGGAUGUGGAUUCACUCACGUCAUGGGCAUGUAUUUUUACUUAUACAGUCCUAUAAGUUGAUCCAAAUAACAUGAGGAUGUAUUGAAGUACAGACCAAACGUUCUCUAUAUAUAAAUGCAGACAAUGAGUAAGGUUAAUUGUAUCCAGCUCAAUGAGUAGACGGAGUCUCUCACGUGCGCUGGAGUAAAGCCACCCUGCGGUGCUGAAGGCUGAAACAGAAGAGAUUCUCUGCAGAGCUGAUGCUCAUAUCGGCGCUCUUGAUGUGUGUGUUUAUGGUUACGCUGAACCCCUGCUGUGAUGUGUCAUUAGCAGUGGAGAGCUGAUGGCCACUUGCCCAGGACUUCAGCUCUAGAUCUUCAAAAAGCGAGACGUGUGUGUAAGACCAAUCAUUUUAUUUUAUUAAGUGUUACGUUUGCACUCACUGAGGAUAGAGUGCUUAAUUUGGGGGAAGAAAAUGCAGCCAUCCUUCAUUCUGUAUUUUUUUUUGGUUUUUGUACUAGCAUCAAUAAAAAACAUACUGAUU